AUGACUAGUAAUAAUUUAAUUGAAUUCAAUUGUCUUGGUACUAUCUUUCUCAUUCGAGAAACUUCUCUUAAUCGUUUUCCAAAUACUCUUCUUGGUGACCCAAAACGUCGUGGUUCUUUGUAUAACAAAGUAAAACAACAAUAUAUUAUUGAUCGACACAUUGUUUCUUUUGAAGCAAUUAUUAAUUAUUAUGAAACAGGUCAAUUAAUUGCACCUACAAUUUAUGAACCAAUUAUUUUUUUUGAAGAACUUAAAUAUUUUCAAUUAGAUGAUGAAACAAUUCAACAUUUUUAUAAUAGUGAAAUACAUGAAGAAUUUACUGAUCAUCAACGUAUUGUACCAUCAAAUCGUAUUUUACGAGCUAUUUGGAUUUCAUUAGAAUAUAAUGAUUAUUCAUUCAUUACACAAAUAAUUCAAUUAAUUUGUUUAAUUAUUUCUUUACUCUAUUGUUUUAAUAUUUCAAUUGAACUUCUUCCACAAUUAUCAAGAGACAAAGUUAUCUGUUAUAAAUCAUCUACUAAUCAUCAUCAUUUAACUAAUUGUAAUAAUAUAUUUUUUGAUUUUCGUCCAUCAAAAAUUGCAGGUCAAUGGAUUCUUAAAAUUGAACAACUAUGUACUAUUUUUAUUACAUUGGAAUAUAUUCUUCGUUUUCUAACAUCACCUCAUAAAUGGAUAACAUUAAUUUUAUUAAUAAAUAUAUGUGAUUUAUUUACAUUAUUUGUUAGUUGGAUUUAUUUAAUAUUAAUUAAUAUGAAUAUAUCAAAUAAUGAUAAACAAGAUUCAUUUUUUUAUAUAAAAUUAUUUCAAUAUUUAAUGCUUUUACGUUUAUUUCGAUUUUUUCGUCUUUGUCGUUAUGUUAAAUCAUUACGAAUACUUUUUUAUGGAAUUCAAAAUGCAUUUAAAUAUAUUUUAUCUAUUGGUUUUAUAAUACUAUUUUUUGUAUUUACAUUUGGUGUUAUUAUACAAAUUAUUGAAAAAAAUUGGGAUCAUGCUUAUGUAACACGUCUUGAAGAUUUAUUUAAUAUUGUUACUAUAUCAACAAUAACUGUUGGUGAUGCUAAACGUGUACCAUUGUCACCAAACGGAAAAAUUCUUUGUUCAUUUCUUGCUGGAAUAGGUAAUUCAAUUCAUACACAGUGUCACUCAAAAUUGAUCAUGCAUAUUAUUGAUCGUGUUGUUUUUCUAAUAUCUUAA